AUGCCGGUGAAGAAGGGGGCAACAGCGCCCCCCAGGCUCCCGCAGGCACUGAUGGUUCCCAUGCCACUCAGCGCAUGUCUACAUGGCAUGGGCGCGCACAAGGACCGCCGCACACGUGUACACGGGCCCGGGGAGGAGGCCGACGACGGAAACCGCCACGGCUUCCGCCACGACGUUGGGGACGAGGAAGCUCUUCUCGCCGAUGCGCUGAGCUGGUCCGGCGAGGAGGAAGCGUCCCACGGUGAUGCCCUAAGCAGCGGAGGAGCUAGGUCUCGGUGGUGCGCGGGACGUUGCAAUGGAAUGAGCAUGUAA